UGUGUAGAUUUUCACAGGCGUAUUUCCUAAGAAUUAUGAACCUCCUUCUGAUAAUUUCUACUUUGAAGUUGAUGACCCUUCACCUAUUGUACAAGAUGAUACGUUUCUGUUCGACUACAAUGUGCCGGAUCGCGUUAAUGACUUUGUAUCAGCUGCAAUGUCACAAGCAAACAUCACGCGUACGAAUCAUAUCAUGUGGACUAUGGGAACGGACUUCAAGUAUCAAUACGCUAAUACAUGGUUCCGACAGAUGGAUAAGUUCAUCCAUUAUGUGAAUCAAGAUGGGCGUGUCAAUGCGCUAUAUUCAACCCCGUCUAUAUACACUGAUGCCAAGUAUGCAGCAAAUGAAUCCUGGCCAAUCAAGACCGAUGACUUCUUUCCAUACGCUGACGUUGUGAAUGCUUACUGGACUGGAUAUUUCACGAGCAGGCCAGCCAUCAAAGGAUAUGUUAGAACACUGGGCGGCUACUAUAUGGCAGCAAGACAAUUGGAGUUUUUCAAGGGGUUGAACAAGUCGGGGCCUAACACAGAUUCGUUGGCUGAUGCUUUAGCGAUUGUUCAACAUCAUGAUGCAGUUAGUGGCACAGAGAAGCAGCACGUGGCGUAUGAUUAUGCAAAACGGCUCUCAAUAGGUUACAAGGAGGCGGAGCAGGUUGUUGCGGAAUCACUUGCAUGCUUGACAGAGUCAAAAUCAGAAGCUGGUUGCAAGAGUUCAUCAACUAAGUUUCAACAGUGUCCACUUCUAAAUAUUAGCUAUUGUCCCCCAUCAGAAGCUGAUCUAUCAAAUGGGAAAACCCUGGUUAUUGUUGUCUACAACUCUCUAGGAUGGAAGAGAGAGGACAUCGUAAAGAUUCCUGUUGUCAGUGCAAACGUCACUGUAAGGGAUUACACAGGAAAAGAAGUCGAAUCACAAAUCUUACCUCUGCUUAAGGCAUCAGCGGGUCUAAGAAACAAUUAUGUUAAGGCAUAUCUGGGUGUAUCACCAAGUAUCACACCAAGUUACUGGCUUGCAUUUUCAGCAACUGUACCACCUCUUGGUUUUAGCACUUAUACCGUGUCAAGUGCCACACGAACAGCUACAACUUCAGAGAGACAAACUGCUUACAAGUCAGAAACGAGUCAGAAUGAUACCAUAGAAGUCGGGCCAGGAAAAUUGAAACUUGUUUAUUCUGGAAAUGAUGGAAAACUUACUCAAUACAUCAACACUGGAAGCUUGGUCAACAAGUCGAUACAACAAGCUUUUAGUUAUUACCCUGGAGAUGAUGGACAUCAUGGAAGCGCGGAUAAACAGGCCUCGGGAGCUUAUAUCUUCCGCCCUAAUGGUACAGUCCCCAUUAACUCCGAAGGGCAGGUUUCUUUUACUGUGCUGAGGGGACCGUUGUUAGAUGAAGUACAUCAGAGGAUCAACUCUUGGAUAUAUCAGGUCACUAGAUUGUACAAGGAAAAGGAGCAUGCUGAGAUUGAAUUUACGGUUGGGCCUAUACCAAUCGAUGAUGGAAUUGGCAAAGAAAUCGUGACUAAGAUUACAACUGGCAUGGAAACCAACAAAAAGUUCUACACAGAUUCUAACGCGCGCGAUUUUAUUGAAAGAAUUCGAGACUAUAGAAAGGAUUGGAACUUGGAAUUGAAUCAACCCGUCGCAGGAAAUUAUUAUCCGAUUAAUCUCGGACUCUACACGAAAGACAACAACACGGAGUUUUCAGUAUUAGUAGAUAGAUCUGUGGGUGGAUCCAGCAUUGUGGAUGGGCAAUUGGAACUCAUGGUUCAUAGGAGGUUGACCCAUGAUGAUGACAGAGGCGUUGGAGAAGCUCUAAACGAAACUGUGUGCAUUCAAGAUGGUUGCAAAGGAUUAACAAUCAUCGGAAAGUACUACCUCAGACUCGAUCCAUUGGGAGAGGGUGCUAAAUGGCGCCGAUCUUUUGGUCAGGAGAUAUAUUCUCCAUUUCUUUUAGCCUUCACAGAACAAGAUGAAGAUAGCUGGAAAAGCUCUCAUGUCACAACCUUUUCGGGAAUGGAUCCUUCCUACACUUUAACUGAUAAUGUCGCGAUAAUAACCCUCCAGGAGCUGGAAGAUGGAAAACUUCUGUUUCGCCUUGCACAUUUAUACGAGAUUGACGAGGACAAGGAUCUUUCGGUUAUGGCAAGUGUAGAGCUCAAAAAAGUGUUUGCAGAUAAGAAGAUUAGAAAAGUAACGGAAAUGAGUUUAUCUGCAAACCAAGAAAGAGCGGAAAUGGAGAAGAAGAGACUAGUGUGGAAAGCAGAAGGCUCCUCCGACAAAGAAGCCAAAGUGUUAAGGGGAGGACCUGUUGAUCCAACAAAGCUGGUGGUUGAUCUUGCUCCAAUGGAAAUUCGAACGCUUAUCAUCGACUUGUAGUUCAGAUAUUCGACCGCUGAAAAGUAAGAAUGUGCGAUGUUGAGGAGUUCGUUUGUCAAGGGCGCUCUGAAUUGACAUGUCUCGUUGGUCAUGGAGAAGAUGAGGAACCAAAUGAAUAAGUAAUAUGGGAGAAUCGGCUCG